AUGAAUAAUCUCGAUUAUCUGGGAGAAAUUGAAGCACCUUGUGAAAAAAUCAAAUGUCAAAUUAUGAUAAAUAUAAUGGAAGGAAAACAAUUCUAUAAAAACCAAUUGUUUCACAAUAAAUGGUUGAUUUUGGUUAAUCGUGAAAAAAAUGACUUACGCAUUAAAGGAUAUUUGAAAUGUGAUUUAUUUAUAUUUCAUGAAAGAAAAUCCUUUGAUAAUCUAAGCCUGUUAAAAUCAUUGGACUCCAUAGUUGAAGACAAGAGCAUCGAUAAAAUUGAUUUAUUGAUUCCAAUUGGAUACAAAAAGCCAACAAGUUAUUUAGCGAAAUACUCUAUUAAAGUUUACAAAGGUGAAAUGAUACGUUACUUUGAUGAUGGUCCUAAAUGGUUAUCAAUUUAUUUUGGAAUGUCACCCGAAACAAGUAUUUUACUGGACAUGAACAGAAAAGAGUUAAAUUGGAAUAAGGAAUUUUCAACAAUAAAUAUAUAUCCUCCACUCAAUCCUAUAUUUUCAAUUAAUAUAAUUUCAGAUGGUAUCCCAAGUUUUGGUCCAGCAUUUUUACAUUUUACGUUAUUGGAAACUCAACAAUAUUUUGGCAGGAUAUUAUUAUCUGUACAAACAGAAUUAGUACCACCCGAAACUGAAAAUAUUACAACAUUGCAUAUUGAGAAUAUAGUUCCAAUUCUUUAUGAAAAACAAAUGUACCAUAAAAUAAUAAUAAUUGGUUUAAUUAGUCGUGUUAACCAUAUACACAAAAAACAAAUUAAAUUAAAUGGCUUGACAAUAUCAAUGGAUUAUGGUGAAUAUAAUUUUUUAUCGGAACAUGAAAAUAAAAAAUUUAUCAACUUACAAACACCAAAUUACAAAGGGGUACACGUUGAAAAAGAUUUUUAUAAGUUAUUAAUCGAAGAAAAUACAAAACCAUGUCUGUUUUUAAUUGUAAAUUUACCAAGCAUUGAAUAUUAUGCAAUGUAUGCUAGUAAUUUAUUAUCAACAACAAUUAAAAAUAUGUCGUAUUAUGGUCCACCUAAUCUUUUCUUAAAUUUAUGUGAUGGUAAAAAAAUUAUAUCAAAAUGUCAAAUUCAAACAAGACACUUUUUAUAUUCGAUUAUUCCAGAGUUUGAAGGAAAAUAUUGUGGACAGAUUCAACCUUGGUUUUUGCGAUCAACUGACAAAAACGAUAAUUUAUUUGAUGAAAUUACGGAAACUAUAUUUUGGAUAGGUCCAUACAAGGAUUUUAAUUUAGGACUAAUGAAAAUGCCUGAACUUCUGAUAAGUGAAUGUAAUGAUCAACCUUGCUUGCAGUAUAAAUUUAAACAAUACGACGAAACAGUAUAAUGUAUUAUUUAU